AUGACGGAGAUUAACAGAUUCAUCAAACUAUUGAGUGGGUUGAUGUUUGUACUUUCACUGUGCAUGAAGCUCAAUUCAGUAUCUGCUGCUGAAGUUGGGUGCAUAGAGAGGGAAAGACAAGCUCUUCUGAAGUUUAAGCAUGAUCUUGUUGAUGCAUAUAGCUUUUUGUCAUCCUGGGGAAGUGAAGAAGAUAAAAAGGAAUGUUGCAAAUGGAAGGGCGUCUCGUGUAGCAACGGAACUGGUUUGAAGGCUAAGCUUAGCCCGUCACUGCUUGAUUUGCAACAUUUGAAUUAUUUUGACCUGAGUCAAAAUGAUUUUGGAGGAAGUGAAAUACCAAGAUUCAUUGGUUCCUUCAAGAACUUAAGGCACUUGAGGCUCAGUUACUCAAACUUCACUGGUGAAGUUCUUUGCGAACUUGGGAACCUUACAAACCUGAAUACUCUUGACCUUGGUCAUAACAAUUUGAGAAUCAAGAAUUUUGAUUGUCUUUCUCAUCUUUCUUCGUUAUCACAUCUUGACUUGAGUGACGUUAACCUUAUAAAUCAAACCAGCUGGUUGCACCACAUAACAAGUGCAAGUCUUAAACGCAUUGACCUCUCCCAUAAUCAAUUAAAGGGUCCUAUUCCUGAUUCCUUUGGGGAAUUGUUUUUUCUUGAAGAUCUUUCUUUGAAUGACAAUAAGUUGCACGGUGGGAUUCCAAGCUCUUUGCGUAAUUUACAUACACUAGAUAUAUCAUCCAAUGAAUUAACUGGUCUCUUGCCAGAUAAUACCACAUUUUCAUCCUUAUCACUUUUGUACCUUCGUAACAAUAAGUUGCAUGCGUCUCACACACAAUGCCUUGGGCAAGCUUUAGUUCUUGAUACUUUAGAUUUAUCUUACAAUCAAUUAAAAAGGCUGCCUGAAGGUAUUGAGAAACUUUCAAAUCUCAGUUAUUUAGAUAUGUCUUCAAAUUUGUUGGAAGAUACAAUCACCGAAAGUUACCUCUCAAACUUUGCCAACUUAGAAGUCCUUGAUUUAUCCUUGAACUCCUUGACUUUCAAUUUGAGCUCAGAUUGGAUUCCUCCUUUUCAAUUGCAAUUUCUAGAGCUCAACCAUUGUCAUUUGGGCCCUCAUUUUCCAAAUUGGAUUCAAACUCAGAAUUCUCUUCUUUUGCUUCAUAUCUCUUUUACCGGUAUAUCGGAUGGAAUACCCAAUUGGUUGUGGAAUAUGCCUUCUUUGAAACACUUGGAUCUUUCUCAUAACAAUAUUAGGGGUAAAAUUCUUAAUUUGUCCUCACGGUCAAGUUCUAUUUUCUCCUCACGGUCUAGUUCUAUUUUGUCCUCACGUCUUUCGAUUAUAGAUUUAAGCUACAAUAACAUUUCAGGUCCAAUUCCAUCAUUUCUUUUUUAUUAUACAGAAGUAAAACUUUUCAAAAAUAUGUUUUCGGGAUCCAUUUUUCACUUAUGCACAAUUCCUAAGGGCUCCAUCAUCCCCACGCUUGAUCUCUCGGAUAACCAAUUGGCAGGAGAGCUUCCUAAUUGCUGGAUGAACAUAAGUGAAUUAUUUUUUCUGGAUUUGGCAAAUAACAAGUUCUCAAGUAAGAUUCCCCUCACUUUAGGCACUUUGGAUCAGCUCGCAGUAUUACACUUGCGUGGCAAUAAUUUCAUUGGUGAAUUGCCUUCAACUUUGAGGAAUUGCAGUGGGCUGAGAACGCUUGAUGUGGGAAGAAACAAGUUAACUGGUAAUAUUCCAGCAUGGAUAGGAACUCACUUAACAAGUCUGAUAGUUCUUAGCCUUCGAUUUAAUGAAUUUGAUGGAAUCAUGCCUUCCACAAUUUGCCUCCUUACCAAUAUCCAUGUCUUGGACCUUUCUAGAAACAACAUUUCAAGAAGAAUAUUGCGAUGUUUAAACAAUUUUACGGCUUUAGUUCAGAAGAAUACUUCAAUUGAAGAUGGACAAGAUUUUGAAUGGAGAACAGUAGGACUUUUGAAAGGCAUCGAUCUAUCGGGAAAUAAGUUUGUCGGAACUAUUCCUCAAGAAUUUUUUGCUUUAAGAGGUUUAGUUUUUUUGAACUUAUCUAGAAAUCAUUUGACGGGAAAUAUUAUUUCAAACAUUGGUGAAAUGGAGAUGGUAGAAAGUUUGGACUUCUCUAGAAACCAGCUUUCAGGGGAAAUACCAAAUAGCCUUGCAGAUCUAAAAUUUCUCAGCGUUUUGGACUUAUCGUACAAUAAUUUUACUGGAAAGUUUCCUUUAGGCACUCAACUACAAAGUUUCAACUCCUCUGUAUACGCUGGGAAUAGCCAACUUUGUGGAGAGUCUAUGGCUAAGUGUCCAGGAGACAUUUCUAACAGUUCUGCUACUAAUCACAGAGAGGGGAAUAGUUUUGAAGAUGAUGAUGAGUUUAUAAAGUGUGACUUUUACAUCUGCAUGGCAUUUGGUUUUAUUACUGGAUUCGGGGUAGUUGUUACAACUCUAGUCCUCAAGCAUUCUUGGAGGCAUUCUUACUUCAACUGGUGGAACAACAUUGGGAACUUGAUAAAUGUGGUGGUUACUAGUUGUCAGAAGUGCAGCGGCGAGGCUUGCCAGUGGCCAGUUCAAAGCGUUGUAUCGUGGGGUCUGUCAUUCGGGUCUUCAUAUGGCCAGAAUGAAUGGGGCUUCACUCAAUAUCCCAUUGUUCCCGAGCACAAGAUUGUGGGUGAAGUAAUUGAGAUUGGCAGCAAGGUGGAAGCAGAGACACGUUCAGAGCUGGUGAGCUUGGCUUUCUUAUGGGCAAGUAUGAAUGGACCUUCUGAGCUGGCAAUCAUCGACGAGGCCAACAACAGAGCCACCAGGACACAGAUAACAGACCGUCCGAUCCAACCUGCCAUUGCUGAACAAAUCCAGAGAAGGUUUUGCUGA